CUCUGUGUACAUGAGUAAGAUGGUGUUUGGUUUUCUUCUGCCUUGCUGAUUAAGGUGCUUAGUGAAUUACAGGAACAGAAGACCUCAUUGUGCCUGGCAUGGGCAGUUUGUCUUGUUCCUGUCUGCAUAUCAAGUGCAUGGCACUUCUGUAGUGUCUUACCAGCCAAUGAAGUUAUGCUGUUGUUGCUGCUGUGAUUCUACACUGCUUUAGGUGAGGGUCUGGCUAGUUUAUUCUAUUUGUUAGGAACAAAUGCAUUCCUGGAUUCUUUCUCCAUUUUACCUGAUAAACCUUACCCUGUCAAGGAAAGAACUAAAGAAUUUUUGGGAAGAAAUUGGGUAGUUAGUCUACCCUGUAAAAUGGCAUUUUGUUUCUAAAUUAAAAAAGCCUUACUUUUUUCUUCAAUUCUUUACAUUUGAGGCAUGACAGAAGUUCAAGGUUUUUAAUGUCUCUUGUGAGGAAGAGGUUUCACUCUGUAUAUUUUUUUACCUGUUGAAGAGAGGAAACAAGGAGUACAAGAACUGAUUUAAAAGUAAUUAGAAUCUUGAUAGCAAAUUUCUAGUGUUGAAGCAUGUCUUGCUAUUGAAGCUCUUUGCUUUAAAUGCACUUAAAAACUUCUGAACUCUGCCUAAGUUUUGUGCAUUUUACAGCUUAGGUUGCUUGUCUUGUACAAAUAACACAAAAAUGUUCACAGGGCGGGAAUGAUGCUUAAUAAUUUGAGAGGAACAAAAUGUUAUGUCCCCUUUGUUAAUAAAAAGGAAUAAUUUUACCUUGUAACAAUAAAAAGCCCUGGUAGAAACAGUAUGAAUCAAAGCUAUGUAUGGUGAGGAGGAAUUACCUAUGAAUGAUAUGGUGAGAUAGAGAAAGAACUAAGAAUUGGAAAAAAACAUCUCAACAUUGAUGUCUACCAGACUGUGGAAUAAUCUCCCAGGGAGUGAAUACUCAGUAGUGCAUGGGCUUCAACAAUACUGUAGGGAGCAAUCCUCUGGUUUGAACAGUCUCUUUCAGAGGGAUUUUCAUGUAGGUUUGCUUUUUACAGUCUAGGAUGGAUUUAUCCUUGAAACUGAUUUAAGUCAGUUUGUCACUAGAUGUAGUUUUCUGAUUUUUUUUUCUAUGAGAACAACAAUUUGAUGAUGUGGUGAAUUAUUUUGAACUCUAGUUUUGUCGUUGAAGCAGCAUUCCAUGACUCUUUCCCUUGUCAACUUUUUUAGCAUGAUAUUUCAAGUUGGAGUAAUCCAUAGUAGAGUUUGGAAAUGUACCUUAUCUGUUUGGUUUUACAAAGGCAGAUCAGGUGAUUGUAGUGUAAUUGCAUAUGGUUAUGCUUUGCAGUGACUUUUUAUAUUCCUCUGAUCGGAAUGUUUUUAGCAAGGGUCUCCUGUACCAGUGGAUCUAUGAUAUAAUUUCGCACAUUACUACCACAAUUUGUACCACUUGCCUUUCCUCCUUCAAAAAUACAGGGGAAGUAAAACCUGUAGAAAAAUCAGCUUUCAUGUGUAAGGAGCAGAUGGAUUCACAGUGAGUGGCAAAGGAAGUGUAAUCAAAUGCUAGGUAAAAAAGAGUUUAGACAAAAAUAGUAAAAACUGGGCAAAUGCCCUCAAUGAAAUAACGGCCAACAUGAGAAGAGGGUUAGUUAAUUUUUUUGAAAGUGGGAAAACAGAGAGGGAUGUUUCAGAGUUAAAAGUAUUGGAAAAAACUAAUUGUAAAUGUUGUGAGUAACUGUAAUAAUAGUGAUGAAUUAGCAGAAACACAGAAACACUGCUAGGGAAUAGGUUUGGAAAAUUCUUUAUGGGAUUUGGUGUUAAUGUAGUUUAACAAAAGCUCUUUUAGCUCCUUAUUGUUAGAUUUUAAUUCCAGGGAGAAUGUCAUUUCUAGCUGAAGUACUUUUGACUGCCACAACUACUUAUUGAAAGAAGGUGUUUGUAUGCAAACGUUUUUCUGAAAAGGUGAAGUAGAUAUUUUAGUUGCAAUAUACCUUGAGCUAUUUAAGAACAUUUCUCUUUUCUGCCCCAUAGAAGGUUCAAGCAGUGCCACUGUUAACCCUGAAGAGUCUUACUGUUGGUUCUCUCCAAAUAUUUUUCCCAUGCUUUUAAAAUCUGACAUUGUAGAAAUAUUUGUUAGUAGUAGAAGAACUGGUAACAUUAUUUCUGUAGAUUAUUGCUGUAAUCAUCCUGACGUGUUUUGCAUGUUUGCCCGUCACUGUAAUACUUUCAGCAUACAGAGCAGGCAGUUCUGCCUGUUGCAUCACCACAACUUGCAGUAGACCAAAAGACAAUAAUCUGACAUCAAGGCUGUCUCCAUUGAGUGAGCGUGCUGAAGUUUUGAUUGCACAUGGUGUGACUGCAGUUGUAUCAAACUGGUGUUGUGGGUUCAGUGCUACUCAGAAUUGAGGAAAUCACUGUGUGGCAUAUCACUGAAUUAGUCAAUUCCUUGGAUGUAUUUUGGUUGCAAGUAUUGAGCAGUCUAAGAGGUUGUACAUUUUGUUUCUUCUUCCCUUACCCCUUAGCUUUUCCAAAAAAGAAAGUUUUGAGUCAGAGUUGAAAAACUACCAUUUUCAAAUAAAGCACCUUUUACAAUAUGUACACAGCAGUUACUGAUUAAUUUUAUGUUUUUAAGAUCUUCCUGCUUUUGAAAUGUGUAUGAAAUCCAUUUAUUUGACAGCCUUUUAUAGAUCUUUAAAACUGGAAUAACAGUGAAAUAGCAUGUUAGUAGAAAGUUGUGUGGUUCCCAUAGCUGUGUGCCCAUGUGGGUAGCUGGCUCUGGUGGGGUGCCCCAAAAAGCCUGCUGCAGCUCUGAUUUCUGAUGUGAAGCCUGUUCAGCGAAACCGAGAAGUUACCUGGUGUUCUGGUGACCUGCCUGACAGCUGUGGUUUGCAACUGCUCUACUUCUGCUGUGCUGUGUGAGGUGUUUGAAGCACAUAGAAAAUCUGCCAGGAUUCUGAGCUUGGUUCUAAGUUUGAUAGUAAGUUGCUGAUACUGCUUCUGUAUAUGUAACCCAGAUCAUAAAUCAUUGAGAGAGUGGUGAAAUGGUUGGGCAGCUCAAGUGCAGACUUUGUGAUUUCAACCAGCAUGCUAAUAACGUUAGCUUUAUUUUUUCAAUAAAUACAGAACAUGUAAUUAAACAACUUCUGCCUGAUGCCUGGAGCUUAUUAAGGGAUUUCAAGUCUUCCAUGACUUACGGCAGAUGAAUUAUCUUCCCGUGUAUGACCUGUAACCAUGUUGCCUGACUCCUCCUUGACCCUGGCAUCAGCGCCUGGCAAGAGAAGUUGGGACACCUUCUGAUCCCUGCCACACUGCUGUGAUAGACAAAAUGUCAGCAGAAUAAGCGACCUACUCUCCAAAACUUGCCAUGAACCAUUUGGUUGGACCACCUGAGGGGGAGAUCAGUGAAGAGCCAGCAAACAGAGCAGUGAGUGAGUCAGUGGAAGCUGACCUGGAGCACUCAGAGGUGGAAGAGGAACAGAGGUAUGCAGUUCGCUACCCAAGGCACAACAACAGCAGCCACGUGGGCCUGUCUGGGCAGGAGGAGGAAGGCAUGUUAGCUCGGUCAGCCAGCACUGAGAGUGGUUUCCACAGUCACACGGAUACUGCAGAAGGGGAUGUGAUAGCCACAGUGGAGGACAGUUACAACAUUGAGAGAGUGCAGGAAAAUGAGGAUGAGAGUGCAUAUGCAGUGCAGUACAGGCCUGAGUCCGAGGAGUACACGGAGAAUGCAGAGGCUGAGCAUGGCGAGGCCGUUCAUAACCGAACAUUGCCCAAUCACUUACAUUUCCAUUCCAUUGAGCACGAGGAAGCCAUGAAUGCAGCCUACUCGGGCUAUGUCUACACACAUCGCCUCUUCCACCGAGGAGAGGAUGAACAGUAUGCUGAGGCUUAUGCUGACUAUGGGCUGCAGGAGCAUGUGUAUGAGGAAAUAGGAGACACACCAGAUCUUGAUGGUAGGGAGGGCAUCCAGCAGUAUGAACGGGAGAGAGAGGAAGCCGACAAUUACCGCAAGGAGGCACUUGGUGCCCGCCUUCACCAUUAUGAUGAACGGUCUGAUGGAGAGUCUGACAGCCCUGAAAAGGAAGCAGAGUUUGCACCCUACCCAAGAAUGGACAGUUACGAGCAAGAGGAGGACAUUGAUCAGAUUGUAGCAGAGGUGAAGCAGAGCAUGAGCUCCCAGAGCUUAGACAAGGCAGCUGAAGACAUGCCAGAGUCAGAGCAGAGUUUGGAGCAUGGCCAGGCUCUUGUCAGUGGUGGGCAUGAAAGUAAUGGCCAGCUAACAUCUGGUUCUCGAGUUAUGUCUGGCUCGGGCGAAUCUGUACAUAGGUACAGCAAGGAAAAAAGAGAUGCAAUUUCACUGGCCAUCAAGGAUAUUAAAGAGGCUAUUGAAGAAGUGAAGACGAGGACCAUCCGUUCUCCUUAUACCCCUGAUGAACCUAAGGAGCCUAUCUGGGUGAUGCGGCAGGACAUCAGUCCAUCCAGGGAUUCUGACGACCAGAGGCCACUAGAUGGGGAUUCUCCAUCUCCAGAUUCCUCUUCACCUCGAGGUGCUGAAUCAUCAAGCAGACAACAUCACCAAGAUGUCUGCAGUACAGCAGAGGCUUCCACUAAUAAAGAGUCCAGAAAAAGCUUGGCUUCAUUUCCAACAUAUGUUGAAGUUCCUGGACCUUGUGAUCCUGAAGACUUAAUUGAUGGAAUAAUUUUUGCUGCCAAUUACCUUGGUUCAACUCAACUCCUUUCUGAUAAAACUCCAUCCAAGAAUGUGAGAAUGAUGCAGGCUCAGGAAGCUGUCAGCAGGAUCAAGCAGAUGGCCCAGAAAUUAGCCAAAAGCAGGAAGAAGGCUCCAGAAGGUGAAUCUCAACCCAUGACUGAAGUGGACCUGUUCAUUUCUACACAGAGAAUAAAAGUACUGAAUGCAGACACACAGGAAACCAUGAUGGAUCAUCCCCUGCGGACCAUUUCUUACAUUGCUGAUAUAGGAAAUAUAGUUGUUUUGAUGGCUCGUAGGCGAAUGCCACGCUCUAACUCCCAGGAUAAUGUGGAAGCAUCUCACCCCUCUCAAGAUGGAAAGAGGCAGUACAAAAUGAUUUGUCAUGUCUUUGAGUCUGAGGAUGCGCAGCUGAUUGCACAGUCUAUAGGUCAAGCAUUUAGUGUGGCCUACCAAGAAUUUCUGAGGGCAAAUGGAAUCAACCCAGAAGACCUUAGCCAGAAGGAAUAUAGCGACUUGCUUAAUACCCAGGACAUGUACAAUGAUGAUCUGAUUCACUUCUCCAAAUCUGAAAAUUGCAAAGAUGUUUACAUUGAAAAGCAAAAGGGAGAAAUUCUAGGUGUGGUGAUUGUGGAGUCUGGCUGGGGAUCCAUUUUGCCUACAGUUAUCAUAGCCAACAUGAUGCAUGGAGGACCAGCAGAGAAGUCUGGGAAACUGAACAUAGGGGACCAGAUCAUGUCAAUCAAUGGGACCAGCUUGGUUGGUUUACCACUCUCAACAUGUCAGAGCAUUAUAAAGGGUUUGAAAAACCAGGCUCGGGUUAAACUGAACAUCGUUAGAUGUCCUCCAGUAACCACAGUCUUGAUCAGAAGACCAGACCUCAGAUAUCAGUUGGGCUUCAGUGUGCAGAAUGGGAUUAUCUGUAGCCUUAUGAGAGGAGGCAUAGCAGAACGAGGAGGUGUGCGUGUUGGCCAUCGAAUCAUUGAAAUCAAUGGGCAGAGCGUUGUAGCAACACCCCAUGAGAAAAUUGUUCACAUCCUCUCAAAUGCUGUUGGUGAGAUCCAUAUGAAGACUAUGCCAGCUGCCAUGUACAGACUGUUGACUGCACAAGAGCAACCAGUUUACAUCUGAAGCCGACACCUCACCACCACAGCGUGCAUGGAAGAUGUUUUUCCUCAUUAGUGCUUGUCUCUCUAGUGCUGCAUUUCUGUGUCUGCAAAUACAUUUCUUUCCCCCUGAUCACAGACACAAAUACACUGUUGCUUUCCCUUUCAUCCCUUUUUCCUCUUCUUCCCACCAUUUUCCUGCAUUUUGAUAAGGGGCAAAAUGUAUCUGUGGAACUAUUUUGGUUACAUGUUUUUAGAAAUGAAACUUCAUACAACUCUACAUGCAAAACAGGAAAAUAAAAGCAGCAUAGUUUACAGAAGUAUUCACAGAUAGCUCUAUUUCAUGCUACAUAAUCAGCUUUAUUUCUGUGGCUGUAAUUUUACAAACAGUAAAUUAAAUGUUGCUGAAUGAAAAACAAUUACUUUACCAAAUAGAUUGAAGUAUAGGGUGAAAGGUGUUCUCUUGGGAAUCCUGCCUGUGACUUUGCUUCUCUUACCCUAUUUUCUCACAGGCACCAAAGUACUAAAGGUUUGUACUAAAGGUUAGUACUAAAGGUUUGUUUCUAUGGGGAAAGUAGAAUACCAAAAGGAUUAUUUUGCCCUCAGGAAAAUUUGCCUGCUUAUAAAGACUCAGUAAAUGCUGCUGUUGUAAAAUGAAUUGUCCAAAUGCACAUCUUUUAAUUCCCCUCUGUCAUCAGUUCUUCAUGAUAGUAGAUACUAUCUAGUAGAAAGAUACUCUGUAAGUUCCUGAAACAUGUUAUUCUUGCAUUACUUACACUAAGAAAUUUGGGAGGCAUUUUUUUACAGCUGCCUCCCCCUCUCUGCCCCCAUGUUUCUAUCUCCUAGUUUUUGCCAGCUUUGUGUUUUAUAGUCCCUUCCGGAUUUUAGAGGUUAAAGAAGUGUUGGGGGGAGAAUCUUUAAAUAGCCACAAGAAAAAUACUGAGGGGAUCUGCUGAAUAGCUACACUUUUUCUAGGCUAUUAAUUCCAUUUUUGGUGCACAUAGCCAUGUGUGCCAGUGUAUAUAGACAUUUUUAAAAUUGUGCUUCCUAUUUAUGAAGUUUGAAUAUAAGAGAUCUGCAGACUAUUCUAAGUAAUUUUGUUCUCUGAGCCAGUUUUAACAUAUAUUUUUGUCCAAAGACCUGUCUAAUUUUAUUGACUUCCUAUUUAGUUCAUGAUAUAGGUAACAGUUGAAAGGAUGAGGCAGGAAUAAACUUAUUUAUUUUGUUAUAUAAUUUAGCUUGUGAUUUUUUCCCAUAUGUAUGGCACUUACAAGAGAUAUGUGUGUACUAUAUGCACUUGUAUGAAGAUGAUUAACUGUAGGGAUGUAUGAAAUCUUGUAUUUGAUUAGCCUCUAAGUUGCAUGCUAGACACAAAAGGGGAAAAGGGGGUUGGGUUGGGUUCUUUGGUUUUUUUAAGAGGGUUCAAAAUAAAAAAGAAGUGUCUUUUCUUCCUAGUUAGAGAAUUCUACAUUCUCUGUAGUUACUUUUUUCAGGACUGCAUACUGGUGUUUAUACUGAAGUUGAACCAUGUAUUUAGUCCAGGCUAGUACGUUGAUUUCUUUUAAAGAAACAGUUUGUGCUGUGUUUUGCUGUGAUGGAAAGGCUCAGCGAGAUGAAAACAAGACAACACACAGCCACAUGCCACUUCUGCUUUGCAAAUGUGGUGUUGUUCAUAGUCACUUGUGUCUCACUUGUUGUGACGUGAGCUGUGCAAUGUAAGCGUUGCUUGCAGUCCAGUGAUGAUCCUAGACAUUGCGAUGGGGAUUCAUGGAAGUGGGUGUGUGCAUGUGCACUUGUUGCAAACACUGCUGAGAACCACUGAGCACUCUUGUCAGGGGUAUGUGUUUUGGCUUUCUGAAGUCAUGGCUAACCACGGCCUAGAGUUAGAGGAUAAACUGUAUUUCUGUGGGAAGCAGAUACUUAAGGGAUGUAAUGAAGUGGUGCAUAAACUGUUGUAGUAAGGGGAUAUGUUUUUAGUGUUGAGAUUAAUGUACAAUGACUUGAUUUUAUUGCAUUUCUUGUUGUUAUAUAAUUUAAUCCAAGACUCCAGAAUAGCAGAUUGCACAAGAGAAUGGUGUUAGUAUUCCAGGUUAGUACUUAACUCUGCUGCCUCACUGAUGCAACAAGAUAAUUAAUGGCUUGUGAGUAUGUUUAACUGUAGACAUCUGGUUUAUGCUAAUUUGAAGCCUUUUUCUAGAACUUUCCAUAUAUAUAGUAAUAAAUGUAAAUAUCGUAUAUAACCAUGUACAAUUUGGAAGAUUAUAUACAGUGCAGCCUUUCCAUAAAUUGCCUGAGGAAACUUUGUGAAUGCUUGACGACACAGUUAUGCUUCUGGUUCCUGCUAUGUGUAUGCCCUCCACUUCACUUGUUUCUGUGGUUCUGUCUAGCCCACUUCUGUGGUGAAGUCUUUAGCUCACUUCACGGGAAAAUUAUGAAGAUCUGAAUAUGCAAAUGUAUUAAGAAACCACUGUUUCUUUGGACAUUUUGCAGCCAGGGGUUUGUGAAGCUACUGUUCAUCCUAAAUAAGUGCUUAAAAUUAAGCAAAUGAAUGCUUGCAGGACCAGAGCUUAGCAAAAAAAUAUCUCAUUUUUUCAAUUGCAGUAUGUGCAUAAGAUUUCUAAACUGAGAGGUCCAUAGUGUGUGCACACUUCUGAGAACAGUCUUGUAAACAAUCCCAUUUUACUCUGUAAACAGAGUUUCAAGAAAAUGGAACUCAAACGGGAAAGCUGGCUGUUCUCUAGAUUGUUGCAGCGGUAUGAUAGAUCAGAUAUGGGGAUUUUUAACAGAUGCAAAGGAACAUUCCUUCAAAGGUUUACAUUCCUUCUUUAGUGACAGACCUGAAUUCUUUUUCUUUCAUCCUUGCUGCUUCGUAUAGUCUAGUUAACUCUUCAGUGUUUACAUUAAGGAUGAAACAUCCCUUGUAUUUUUUUAUUUUUGAGAAGUUUCACGUUUGUUUUGAUCUUGUUGGAGACUCAGUUUGGAUUUCCAAGUUUGCUAGCUUUCCUUCUUUUCUAAAAGUAGUGUAUUUCUCAAGACCACAACAUGGUUGAGAUCUCUUGUAUAUAUUUAGCGCAGUACCUAGACUAUGAAGUUGUACUAUUGUUCUGUAAAGAGGAUGAAUAGAAAUUAUUGCAAAGCAUUGAGAAAAGCAUAGUAUUGUAUUUGUAACAAUAUUGUUCUUUGUAAACAUUUAAUGAUCUCUAUAUAAAAAUAUAAAUAUAUAUAUAAAUAUAUGUGAGCCUGGAAUGUUGAUAUUGCACAUCUACUGAAUGUAAUUACUCUGAUGUUUUCUGCCACAGGUCUCUGACCUCUCUAAUGAAGCUGUGCUGGUUUGAUUUGGGGGAGAGACAGAGGGAAGAAGAGUAGGCUUUUUGCUUUGGAUGGGACAGGGUAAGGGGUUUCUGGCCAGUUAUUUUGUUGUGAUGUAUUUACUGUGCUACAUUCCUUUAUUUAACAGAGCGCUAAUGUCUGUAAGAUUUGCAACAAUAAACUACAAAACAAAAAUACCUCAGACAAGGCUGAGAAUUUGCUCAUACUGACCUAGAGGCUGACUUGCCAAUGCUGAAUGCAUACAUAAUUGGAAGGUGUCUGAACUUCUUUCUGCCACUUAGUCUGGAGUAAUUCUAAUCUGUAUUUCUGCAGACGUGAAACAGUGCUGUUACCUUUAUUGUUAAAACAGCAUUCUUUUCAGGCAAUACAUGACACUAGUGCUCCUGAACAAAGGUGAUUCCUAAUCUAAGGUGGUAUCCCAGUUUUUACUGUGUGAAAUGCCACUGUGAUUUUGAUAGAAAUAUUACUUCUCUGACUGAAUAACUUUAAAUAGGAAUUUUUCAUAAAUGGAGAUUUGAUAAAAAUACUUCACACCUAAUUUCUGAAACAACUGUUUUCCUUUAAAUGUCAUCAGCAUGGUUUAUUAUUAAAGACCUAACACCAUUUGAAUAAAUAAAAAGUAGAAUUGUGAUAUGUCUGUCCCUAGAAUUAAUCCUGGAACUUAGCCUUUGCUAAGGUUAAAAACCUUUAUUUAAAAUAUAUAGUAAUAAAAUAAAAAUAUAUGAGAGAUUAUGAAAAAUAUUAUCAUAUUUGAGAGUUAACAAAAAAAAGUCAUCCAUGGAGUAUUUCUUCUAGUGAGGCUUCAUAGGAUUUUCUGUGCCUCAUAGGUUUUCAUGAGUACUUUGAAACCACAGAAAUGACAAUACAUGCCACAGCUGAUUCAGAAGAAAACUAAACAUGGGCAUUCAGCCAUUUUGUGGCUAUUUGUAAUAUGAACUAGAAAUACCAUUAACAUGAGAGAAUGAAGUAUUUCAACUUAGUUGCUUAAAUGACAGACAGAAGAAUUUGUAAAGUCCCUGGUAAAGGGUGCAGUGGACAGGUCGAUCUUGCGUUCUGCAUUCCGUUGUGUACCAGCCUAUUUAUUCUUACCAUUAUCUGUACAUACCAAUUUCUGUGUUACAAACUUUUCUGAAUUUUGGUGAAUAAACAUAAGCCCUUACUUUAGCAGUACAGACAAAACUUUUGCAAAUUUGCUGUAUUCACAGGGGACAUGUUUCUUGCCCCCUCCUUCGGUGUUUUGAUAGUUUGGAUCCACACAGAGGACAAGCUGACCCCACUUCAGUUCCAGCACCCAGUAGAGCCUUGCAGGCUGAAGAGGUGAUGCUGGUGACUGACAGUGUACUGACAAUGUCAAUGUCAGGGCUGGGAUGAUAAUUUAAAUAAAUGUUCAGUGCAGAAGUAUAUGGAGCAAUCCUGACCUAAAAUCAUUUUACAGAAGAGUUGUGCCUAUUACCUGAGUAGGGCCAGGCCUGUGCUGUGCUUUGUGCUGCUCCUACAGAUGGACCUCCAGGAAUGUCCCUUGGCUGCAGAACAAAUUUAGAUUGUUUAUUUUAAGAAAGGAGCCUGCAGGUAGCCCCAGUGGUACUCAAAAUGGUAAACACCACCCAGCAAUACCUGUGAGCCCCUGCCUUUGUCUAGAGCAGCAGCAGUAAGGUCCCAUGUGAAAAGACCUUUUGCUUGACUAUAGAAGUGAUGCGUAGACUUAAAUGAGGUAAAAGGUUGGGAUCUGCAAAACUUGUGCCCUGCCUGAUGCUGCACAGUCUGGGGUUCCCAGCGCUUGAAGGAAUAUAAAAUUAGCUAUACCAGCUUCUUUGUUCAUAGCACUUCUUGUAAUAAAAAACAUUUUAAAUGAGA